UGUGUAAGAGAUCAACACCAAGCAUCAAUGUGCUUCAUAAACCUUUUUUCUGUUGAUGUGCAAACACGUGUCAGAAUGAUUGUCUAUCAUCUGUGUGCUUUAUUCCUCCUGUCUGGUGUGUUUGGUGUUGAUGCAGAUGAAGUGAAGUCAGUGUCAGUGAUGGAGGGACAUUCUGUCACUCUACACACUGAUCUUACACACAUUCAGUAUGAUCGCAUACUGUGGAUGUUUGAAUUUCACGACACCGUUAUAGCUGAAAUCCAUGCACAGAAUGUUAAUAUGUAUGACAGUAAUGAAAUAUUUGGAGGCAGACUGAAGCUGGACAGUCAGACUGGAUCUCUCACCAUCACAGACAUCAGAAUCACAGACUCUGGUGUUUAUACACUAGAGACCAUCCGUGACAGAAGAUCUUCAUACAAGAGAUUCAAGGUUACUGUCUAUUUCACUCAGCAAUCAACUGAAGUUCAAAUCAUUCUGCUGCCAGUUGUGUUAAUUGUGUGUCUCCUGAUGGGAUGUAUGUGCUGCUGCUGCUGUGUGUGCUGUUUGUGCUGUAGAAAACGAACAGGACCUGAGAAGAAGAACUUGUCAGAAUACACAGAGGUCAUCUACAGUCUUUACGUGAAAGAUCCGUCGCAGGACAAUGAAUAAACAUCACACACAUUCAUGAUAAAUAUUGUCCUUCU